AUGUCACGUGCCUUUUCAUGGACUGAGGUCUUUUGUGGUCUGGUCUGGUCUAUCUGGUCUAGUCUAUCUGGUCUGGUUUUCUGGUCUAUCUAUUCUGGUCUAUCUGGCCUGGUCUAUCUAUUCUGGUUUAUCUGGCCUGGUUUUUCUGGUUUAGUGUGGGGAUUGCAUUGUCCUCUGACGACAUUGUCUUUGGCUUUGACAUUUUUGGCACUGGAACAUUACCUCCGGCGACAAAAUACCGCCGGCAUACAGCGGUGGAACUUGGGUGCGGUUGUUUCCUGCAGACAAGCUGGUGGUGUGAUGCCGCGCGCAUGUCCAUUUUGCACCCAUCAUGCGACAUCGUGGGGCCAUUUCUGUCCCGACUGUGCUUAUCGUAAAAACCCGGAACAACAUCUUUUUAUAAACUUCUUUCUUUGCUGCGGCGUGCUUCUCGCGUUCUUGUUUCAACUGGUCCUCCUGAUCCAAUCUGCUUGCAUCUCAACCUUAUCCCCGUUUUCGACCCGCUUGACUCCCUUUGCUUCACUCGGUCGCUCGGUCCUCCAUUCAAGUCGAACCUUCGCUUCUUCCCGGUCAAGACCUCCACUCUGA